UCGCCGGACGGACGAAGGAAGAGGGCGCCAUGAUUGGUUGGCGCUGGGGCGGCGGGCGGUGGAGGAGCCUGGCGAGUCAGGGUUUCAAGCCAGCGCUGGGCUUUCUCCAUCCUUGUUUCGAGGCCCUGGGGGGGCUGCAGAGGGUGGGGAGUCAGCUCAGCGGAAACCUAGAUUUGGUUCUAAGAGCCAUGGGAGUGAGAAGGGGUGACCGGAAGUGAUCUUGGGACUGACCGGAAGAGAGGCCUGGAGGGGGAAGAGAGAGUGGAUCCCGGGAGGGAGGGGGCUACUAGCAGAAAGGGGCGGGGGAAAGGUGCAAAAGCGGCGUGGGAGUGCUGAGUAGGCGGCGGGUUGCUCCUGCGAUUCUGUUUGGAAAGUAGCGAGUGACCACCGCGAGCACAAGAGAGUGCGAGGAGUCCAGAGUUGCCUCUUGGCAGUCUGGAAGAGUUAAGUCAAAGGACCCUCUCUUUGCUGCAGAGAGCUGGUGGGUAGGGAUUUUGGAAGUCACGGAAGCCAAGAGCGAGGACUCCAGGGUUCGGGAGAUUGUGUGGGCUUUGGGGGUCGGGCUUGGGGGUGGCUCCUGGGUACUGCGUGGAAGAUCUUGGUUUGUAGUUUUCUACAGUUCUUGCAGUCUUGCCCCCGUUGGGUAGAAUCACACUACUCGCCUUUCUACAAGAAACGGUGUCUUCUGGGGCAAGGAAGGAGCCAGGAUGGCCUGGGCUCUGAAGCUGCCUCUGGCCGAUGAGGUGAUUGAAUCCGGGCUGGUGCAGGACUUUGAUGCUAGUCUAUCCGGGAUCGGCCAGGAACUGGGUGCUGGUGCCUAUAGCAUGAGUGAUGUCCUCGCAUUGCCCAUUUUUAAGCAAGAAGAGUCCAGUUUGCCUCCAGAUAAUGAGAAUAAAAUCCUACCUUUUCAGUAUGUGCUUUGUGCUGCCACCUCUCCAGCAGUGAAACUCCAUGAUGAAACCCUGACAUACCUCAAUCAAGGACAGUCUUACGAAAUCCGAAUGCUAGACAAUAGGAAACUUGGAGAACUUCCAGAAAUUAAUGGCAAGUUGGUGAAGAGUAUAUUCCGCGUAGUGUUCCAUGACAGACGACUGCAGUACACUGAACACCAGCAGCUGGAGGGCUGGCGGUGGAACCGACCCGGAGAUAGAAUUCUUGACAUAGAUAUCCCAAUGUCUGUGGGUAUAAUCGACCCUAGGGCUAAUCCCAACCAACUAAAUACAGUGGAAUUCCUCUGGGACCCUGCAAAGAGGACAUCUGUGUUUAUUCAGGUGCAUUGUAUUAGCACAGAGUUUACUAUGAGGAAACACGGUGGAGAGAAGGGCGUGCCAUUUCGAGUACAAAUCGACACCUUCAAGGAGAAUGAGAACGGGGAGUACACUGAACACCUGCACUCAGCCAGCUGCCAGAUCAAAGUCUUCAAGCCCAAAGGUGCAGAUAGAAAGCAAAAAACAGACAGGGAGAAAAUGGAGAAACGAACACCUCACGAGAAGGAGAAAUACCAACCGUCCUAUGAGACGACGAUACUCACAGAGUGUUCUCCAUGGCCUGAGAUCACGUAUGUCAAUAAUUCCCCAUCACCUGGGUUCAACAGUUCCCACAGCAGUUUUCCUCUUGGAGAAGGAAAUGGUUCACCGAACCACCAGCCAGAGCCGCCCCCUCCCGUCACAGAUAACCUCUUGCCAACAACUACACCUCAGGAGGCUCAGCAGUGGUUGCAUCGAAACCGUUUUUCCACAUUCACAAGGCUUUUUACAAACUUCUCAGGGGCAGAUUUAUUGAAACUAACUAGAGAUGAUGUGAUCCAAAUCUGUGGCCCUGCAGAUGGAAUCAGACUUUUUAAUGCAUUAAAAGGCCGGAUGGUGCGCCCAAGGCUAACCAUUUAUGUUUGUCAGGAAUCCUUGCAGUUGAGGGAGCAGCAGCAACAGCAGCAGCAACAGCAGCAGAAGCAUGAGGAUGGAGACUCAAAUGGUACUUUCUUCGUUUACCAUGCCAUCUACCUAGAAGAACUGACAGCUGUCGAACUGACGGAAAAAAUCGCUCAGCUUUUCAGCAUUUCCCCAUGCCAGAUCAGCCAGAUCUACAAGCAGGGGCCAACAGGCAUCCAUGUGCUCAUCAGUGACGAGAUGAUACAGAAUUUUCAGGAAGAAGCCUGUUUUAUUCUGGACACAAUGAAAGCAGAAACCAAUGAUAGCUACCAUAUCAUACUGAAGUAGAUGUGGGGCAUUUCGACCUCAGUGGCUGCUGCUUCCUUCACCUGUUGGAAACUCCCCUUUCGAAGGGGAUCCCAAAUGGAGAUUCGAAGGGCUGCAGGAAUGUGACCCAUCCGACUGUGUGUGUGAGAAUCCAGGCCGUGGAGGCAGAAUCCCAGCCAUCCUUGUGGGCCCAAGCUCUUGUGACACACACUUGAUAACUGCCCAACAUGCAUUUCUGCAACUAUUUCUUAGUCAGAACUUCUGGACGCCAUUGUUGAAUAUCAGUAGAAACUCCGUAUCAUUUAGAAUGUAUGUAGGGCAUAAGGAUGAUAAGAACUGUAUGAUGCUUAAUGGAAAAAUGUUAAAUUUUGUGGUAUGAAGCCAUGUAAUUUUU